CACCCCGCCCGCUCGGCUCCGGCUCGGCGACGGUGGCGGGAGCUUCCGCCUCGCGGGCCUCGGCCCUGUGAGAGCUGUCCCGCGAUGUGGCUGGGCCCGGAGGAGGUGCUGGUGGCCAACGCGCUGUGGGUGACGGAGCGGGCCAAUCCCUUCUUCGUGCUGCAGCGGCGCCGCGGCCACGGCAAGGGCGGAGGCCUGACGGGUCUCCUUGUAGGCACUCUGGAUGUGGUGCUGGACUCCAGUGCCCGAGUGGCCCCUUACCGCAUCCUGCACCAGACUCAGGACUCGCAAGUCUACUGGACAGUGGCAUGCGGUUCUUCCCGCAAAGAGAUCACAAAACAUUGGGAAUGGCUGGAGAACAACUUGCUUCAGACACUGUCCAUCUUUGAUAAUGAGGAAGAUAUCACCACCUUCGUCAAGGGCAAGAUCCACGGUAUCAUUGCAGAAGAGAACAAGAACCUGCAGCCCCAGGGAGAUGAAGAUCCUGGGAAAUUCAAAGAGGCUGAACUGAAGAUGAGGAAGCAGUUUGGGAUGCCAGAGGGCGAGAAAUUGGUCAACUACUAUUCCUGCAGCUAUUGGAAGGGCCGAGUACCCAGGCAGGGCUGGCUCUACCUAACUGUCAACCACCUAUGCUUCUACUCCUUCCUGCUGGGGAAGGAAGUGAGCCUUGUGGUGCAGUGGGUGGAUGUCACACGGCUGGAGAAGAAUGCCACCCUGCUCUUCCCUGAGAGCAUCCGUGUGGACACCCGAGAUCGGGAGCUCUUCUUCUCCAUGUUCCUCAAUAUUGGCGAGACCUUCAAGCUCAUGGAGCAGCUGGCCAACCUGGCCAUGAGGCAGCUGCUGGAUAGUGAGGGCUUCCUGGAGGACAAGGCGCUGCCCAGGCCCAUCCGGCCACACAAGAACAUCUCGGCUCUGAAGCGGUAUGUUGCCUUCCUGGGAGAUGGCAAGACCACACAGCAGGACAGCAGAGACCUGGAUGCCCGAGCCAAGAACGAGUACUACCGGGCCACAUUCCGGCUGCCCAGGGACGAGCGGCUAGAUGGCCACACAGGCUGCACCCUGUGGACGCCAUUCAACAAACUGCACAUCCCUGGUCAGAUGUUCAUCUCCAACAACUACAUCUGCUUUUCCAGCAAAGAGGAAGAUGCAUGUUACCUAAUUAUACCUCUGAGGGAGGUGACCAUUGUUGAAAAAGCAGACAGCUCCAGUGUCCUGCCCAGCCCUCUGUCCAUCAGCACCAAGAGUAAAAUGACCUUCCUGUUUGCCAACCUGAAAGACCGUGACUUCCUAGUUCAGAGGAUCUCUGACUUCCUUCAGAAAACAUCGUCCAAGCAGCCAGGCAGCAGCACCGGGAGGAGGAAAGCUGGUGUUGUAGACCCAGCUCCAGAGUCUCUCCCAGCUCCUCAGGAGGUGCCAAAACUGCCCACCAGUCCGUCCUCUCCCCUCAGCAGUCACCCACGUUUCAGUGCACAAGAGGUGCCAACUGCUUCCCAGGGCCUGCUGAAAGUCUUCCAGAGAAACUCUCCCAUGGAGGAUCUCGGAGCCAAGGGGGCCAAGGAGAAGAUGAAAGAGGAGUCAUGGAACAUCCACUUCUUUGAGUAUGGGCGUGGCAUGUGCAUGUACCGCACAGCCAGAACACGGGAGCUGGUUCUGAAGGGCAUCCCCGAGAGUCUCCGAGGAGAGCUUUGGCUUCUCUUCUCUGGGGCCUGGAACGAGAUGGUGACCCACCCCGGCUACUACACUGAGCUGGUGGAGAAGUCCAUGGGGAAGUACAGCCUGGCCACUGAGGAGAUUGAGCGUGACCUCCACCGCUCUAUGCCUGAGCACCCUGCCUUCCAGAAUGAGCUGGGAAUUGCCGCACUCCGGCGGGUCCUGACCGCCUAUGCUUUCCGAAACCCCACCAUCGGCUAUUGUCAGGCGAUGAACAUCGUGACCUCAGUGCUCCUGCUCUAUGGCAGUGAGGAAGAGGCCUUCUGGCUGCUGGUGGCCCUCUGCGAGCGCAUGCUGCCUGACUACUACAACACCAGGGUGGUGGGAGCCCUGGUAGACCAAGGCAUCUUUGAAGAGCUCACAAGAGACAUCUUGCCCCGACUCUCAGAGAAGAUGCAGGACCUGGGGGUGAUCUCCAGUAUCUCACUCUCAUGGUUCCUGACCCUCUUCCUCAGCGUCAUGCCCUUUGAGAGUGCUGUGGUCAUUGUUGACUGCUUCUUCUAUGAGGGCAUCAAAGUGAUCCUGCAGGUGGCCUUGGCUGUGCUGGACGCAAACAUGGAGCAACUGCUGGGCUGUAGCGAUGAGGGCGAGGCCAUGACUGUGCUGGGCAGAUAUCUGGAUAAUGUAGUGAAUAAGCAGAGUGUUUCUCCUCCUAUUCCACACCUCCAUGCCCUGCUGACCAGUGGAGAUGAGCCUCCUGCUGAAGUGGACAUCUUUGACCUCCUAAAAGUAUCCUAUGAGAAGUUCAGCAGCCUGAGGGCCAAUGACAUUGAACAGAUGCGGUUUAAGCAGAGGCUGAAAGUGAUCCAGUCUUUGGAAGACACAGCAAAGAGGAGCGUGGUCCGAGCCAUACCAGGGGAUAUUGGUUUCUCAAUUGAAGAGCUGGAGGACCUUUACAUGGUGUUUAAGGCCAAGCACCUAACGAGUCAGUACUGGGGCAGUAGCCGUACUACAGCCAUCCGCCGGGACCCCAGCCUGCCCUACCUGGAGCAGUACCGGAUCGAUGCCGGCCAGUUCCGGGAACUCUUUGCCAGCCUUACACCCUGGGCCUGUGGCUCACACACGCCUGUGCUGGCGGGUCGCAUGUUCCGGCUCCUGGACCAAAACAAGGACUCACUGAUCAACUUCAAGGAAUUCGUGACAGGGAUGAGCGGGAUGUACCAUGGGGACCUCACGGAGAAGCUCAAGGCACUCUACAAGCUGCACCUGCCCCCAGCACUGAACCCAGAAGCAGCAGAGUCAGCCCUGGAGGCCACCCAUUAUUUCACUGAGGACAGCUCCUCAGAAGCAUCUCCUCUGGCCUCAGAUCUGGAUCUUUUCCUGCCCUGGGAGGCUCAAGAAGCACUACCACAGGAAGAGCAAGAAGGAAGUGGAAAUGAGGAUGUCCAAGAAAAAAGAGGAGAGGAGAAGGACACCAGCCCUCCUGACUACCGACACUACCUUCGAAUGUGGGCCAAGGAGAAAGAAGCUCAGAAGGAGACAAUUAAGGACCUUCCCAAGAUGAACCAGGAACAAUUCAUUGAGCUGUGCAAGACACUUUACAACAUGUUCAGCGAAGACCCCAUGGAGCAGGACUUGUACCACGCCAUAGCCACAGUAGCCAGUCUCCUCCUCCGCAUAGGUGAGGUGGGGAAGAAAUUCUCAGUGCAGACAGGCAGGAAGCCCAGGGAUGGUGCCCACAGUGGGGACCACAACAGUACCACUGAGGACGAGGAGCCACCAGCACCUGAAUCCCAUCAGGACCAAACACAAGAGCUUCAGCCACCAGCUGCAGAGGACCCCCAGGCCAAAGCUGGUGGAGACACCCACCUGGGGAAAGCACAGCAGGAAAGCCAGGUGGUGGUGGAGGGGGGCAGUGGCGAAGGGCAGGGCUCACCUUCUCAGCUUCUGUCUGAUGAUGAGACCAAAGACGACAUGUCCAUGUCUUCCUACUCGGUGGUCAGCACGGGCUCCCUGCAGUGUGAGGACCUCACAGAUGACACAGUGCUGGUGGGUGGGGAGGCCCUUAGCCCCACGGCCGCCUCACGCAUUGGGGGCACCGUGGAUGCGGACUGGUGCAUCUCCUUUGAGCAGAUCCUGGCCUCCAUCCUGACAGAGUCUGUGCUAGUGAACUUCUUUGAGAAGAGAGUGGACAUUGGACUCAAGAUCAAGGACCAAAAGAAGGUGGAGAGGCAGUUCAGCACCUCCAGUGACCACGAGCAGGCUGGGCUUUCAGGCUGAGCUCUGCAGAUGCUCCGCCAGACCUCAGUCCUGGAAGUGUGGGCCUCAUCUGUCCUCCUUCCCUUUCUUUUUUCUCCUUAAAUUCUCACCAUCCUGUUCUGUAAGAAGCAGGGGGUCAUGAAAGCAAAGAAAGCUGACGCAAAACCAAUUGCCUUAGAAGGAUUCCCUGGGCCUACAUCUGGGCCCAGGAAGACAAGGCUCCAUCUUCCUGUCUGCCUGCUGGGAACCUCCCCUGAGCCUGGGUGCCCUUCACAUAGUGUUAGAGGCUCUCAGAUCUUCCCUGCUUGCCUCAUCCCCUGCACUCUGUGCUGUGCCCAGGCCACAUGGGGCCCCUCCAUCCACAGGACUGUCUCCUACAGCUGCUGGUCCAGAUAGCAGCUCCUGCCACUUGGCAUUAGGUGGUGAAGUCGUGUGCUUGUUAGACUCCACGUGCUGUGCGGAGCCCUUGAGCCUGAACCUCCUGACAGCUAAAGGAACUUGGAUGGCAAAUGUCUGUUGCACAGGGGUGCACUGCACACCUGAGUUACUUUAUGAGCUCUUUCUGCUCCUUGUCCUCAUAGUUAACUUUGAAGGCACAUCCCUCAGGUCCCAAUCUAUUCCUUGUAUUCAUUUCAGUUGGCUAAAAUUCACACUGUGCUCAAUGCCUUAAUAAAUCCCUGAAAGAAAUA